AUGACAUCAUCAAAUGUGCAACAGUAUCUGAUAACCUCUGCGAUAAGUUUAUGCUGUGGUGUAGUGGACAUUUGGGAAGCCAUCAGAAAGAGAGGGGGAAUACAGUUACUUAUAUCUUUUCUAGGUUUAUUAAGUGAAGAGCAUCAAGAGUAUGUUGUCUGGCUGCUUGCACUCGUGACAGAACAAAUAGACGAUAGCAAGUGGGCUAUUACUGUUGCUGGUGGUAUUCCGCCACUUGUACAUUUACUAGAAAAUGGAUCUGAUAAAGCAAGGGAUGAUGCAUCUUAUGUUCUGUGGAACUUACGCUAUCACUGUGAAAAUAUAUAUGCAUGUGUUGAAAGUGUUGAAGCAAUUCCUGUUUUCCUAUGGUUCUUGAAAACUGGUGGAACAAAGGGACAAGAAGCCUCAGGGAAGGCACUAAGAAAGCUUAUACGCAAGGCAGAUGCUGCCACUAUUAAUCAGCUACUGGCUCUGCUUUGGGGGGACACCCCAAAAUCAAAAGCCCACAAAAUUGAAGUACUAGGUCAUGUGUUUACCAUGGCAUCACAUUAUGACCUUGUUCAAAAAGGAUCAGAUGCUUAUAAAGGGUUGAGAUCGCUUGUUCAGAUUCUUAAUUCUUCAAAUGAGGAAACACAGGAACAUGCAGCUUCUGUCUUGGCUGACCUCUUCAGCAUUCAUCAAGAUAUAUGUGAUAAUCUUGCAACUGAUGAGGUUGUGCAUCCUUGUUGA